CGCGCCCGCCGUCGCCGCCUCCGUUGCGGUCCCGCCUCCCGUUCGCAAGAGGCCGGGAUGGCGGCGGCGGCGACACGGGGUCGGGUGCUGUGCCUCUUCGAUGUGGACGGGACCCUGACGCCGGCUCGGCAGAAAAUCGAGCCGGAGGUGGACGCCUUCCUGCGGGAGCUGCGGGAGAGGGUGCAGAUCGGCGUGGUGGGGGGCUCCGACUACGCCAAGAUAGCCGAGCAGCUGGGGGACGGGGAUGAAGUCAUCGAUAAGUUUGACUACGUCUUCGCUGAGAAUGGCACGGUGCAAUACAAGAACGGGCAGCUGGUCUCCAAGCAGGCCAUUCAGGACCACUUGGGGGAAGAGCUGCUGCAGGAUCUAAUCAACUUCUGUCUCAACUACAUGGCGCUGCUGAAGCUGCCCAAGAAACGAGGAACCUUCAUCGAGUUUCGCAAUGGGAUGCUAAACAUCUCCCCCAUCGGACGGAGCUGCACGCCAGAGGAGCGAAUCGAGUUCUCCGAGCUGGACAAGAAAGAGCGGAUCCGGGAGAAGUUUGUGGCAGCCUUGCAGAGGGAGUUUGCUGGCAAAGGCCUGCGUUUCUCUCGAGGUGGCAUGAUCAGCUUUGAUGUCUUCCCGGAGGGCUGGGACAAGCGCUACUGCCUCAACGUGCUCGACGAUGAGAGAUUUGACACCAUCCACUUCUUCGGGAAUGAGACAACCCCUGGAGGGAACGAUUAUGAAAUCUAUGAUGAUCCCCGCACAGUGGGACACAGCGUGCAGUCCCCCCAGGACACGGUCCAGCGAUGCCGUGAAAUCUUCUUUCCAGAGAGGGCAAACGAGUGCUGACUGCCAGGUCCCCACAGCCCUGCCCCAGCCCCACCUCCCCUACCCCUGCCAGGAAAAGCACCUUCAUUUGAGGAAUCUGCUCAGGGUGGACUGAAAAAAACCAAACACUUUCCAGACCUGGUUGGGAUGUAACACAUGAAUGUGGGUGGGUGUGCAAGAGGAGGCCUUUGCUGAGCAGCCCUUUGGCACUCCCCAUCUACGGUUGGGGCUUGUGACCUUCCUUAUCUCCAGCAAAACUUCUCUCUGGACAGUUUGGUCCAUGAUGGGUGGCAAUGCAGAUGCUUUCAUGGUCAGAAAGCAUUUGAAAGGGCCAGUCACAAGAGUGUGUGUGUCCGUCCUUGUACACCCUCCCCUCUUCUCUUCUUUUUCACUGUUUCUCUGAACACUUUUGCAUGAGGGAACAUGUGUCUCACCUUUCUCUCCCCCUUGCACCUUGUCUGAUGAGGAUGGGGCUGUGAAGCCCCAGGCCCUCUCAGCAGAGCUGAUCCAAAGCAAGAGGCCAGGAAGGCUGUUCGCUCCAACCCCAUGGUAGGAAGGGGUAGCUGUGACCCCUCUGCGUGUUGCAGCAUUGUGCAUCCUAAUGGAGAGGAUCACCAUGUCCUUCACCUCGGUGCCACGCUGUGUCAGUCCCUACAGGUGACCUGGGAAUGACGGUUUUAAAAUGAGUCUGCUCCUGCUCUGAGCUUUGCUCAGGUGCAUGAAGAAACUAAUUCUCUUUUUAGCUUACAAAAAAAAAAAAAAAGGCCAUCAUGGUUUUAUUUUCCAUAUUCUGCAGUUGUCAGGUCAGACCUUGCCUGGUGUGGCUGGAGGUCCCCAAGUGCCUGGUGUCUGCAGAGCACCCUGUGGAGUCAUUGAGGGCAGAAGGUUCCCAACAGUCUUCCCACCCACGUGUCCAUUAGGCAUUAUGGAUGUGUCAGUGCAAAACCUUACCCGGGGCAUUCAUAACAGAGCAAGACCCCCUUCCAUCCCAGUGCUGAGCUUUCCAUCAUGCUCCCAGAGACAUUUUCAGAGAGGACCAGCGCAGGCCAGACCUGGUUUCUAGUGCCAACUGAGGUACAUACUCAACAGUGCCUCCAAGCUUGCUUUUCCACCCCAUCUUGUCCCACAUGUUUGGUUUAGAUGGUCACCUUUAGGGAUGCAAGCUCUCCAGUGCAGCUGACAUGUAUCCUCCCGCUCAUCUCUUCUCCUGGGUCUUUGUGGGUUGCAAAAUCACAUCUCUCCUUUGGCCCUUGACCUCCUCUCUCACACUUGCCUCUUUAUUCCUGGCCUUUCUGCUGGGGUGUGUGACCACAGCAGUGAUGCUGUCACAACUCUGUGUUCAGCAGGAGCUCAGGGAUCCUCUCCAGGCAGAUGUCCCGCUUGUAACUCCCCCGGUCACACAUGUCUGGUGUUUCUGGACCUGGAGGGUGCCAGAAGUUUCUGCAAAGGCUCAACACAUUGCUCCCUGGAAGCCUUUCUCAGCACAUCCCUGGUGGUAUGGCUCUGCCCCAUCUCUUGGUCUUGUUUUCCCUUUUUCUUCUCUUCCUGCUUUCCUUGCCGCUGCUCCUCAUCUCCCACCCAGCAGCUGGACUGCAGAGAGAAGUUUCUUAGCUGGCUACAGCCACUUAACCAAAGGGCCAAGUUCAUCAGGUGAGAUACGUUGGUGCUUUUAGACCCAGGCCAGGGCUCCCAUAUUGCCACGGGCAGAGUCCUGAGUGGACCUUGGCACCAAUGCCUGGCAGCAGGAGUAGGGGUGCUGUAUGACCAGCAGUGGUGGGGUGCUCUCUCCUUCACCUGACUGCACCUCUUAACCCUACAACACAUCAGGUCUGUAAUGCAUCGCAUUUGCAUGAGCACAGCGGUCUGCCCAGCAUCUGGAAAUCCCCAACAAAUGCACAAUUUCCUCUUUCUACCCAGAGAAAAUGUCUGCAUGGGAGAAGAGGACCUGUUGGGGAAGCCUGGAUGCUGGGUACCCUUUUCGCAGUCCACUGGUUUUGACCCUCCUCUGCAACUUUCAUGGAGGAAUUGUGUGUUUUGUGGUUCCUCCUUCUCUGUGUCACUGUGGAUCGGGCUAUGUGUGGGUUUGAGUGUUUAUUUUUCCUGUAAGUCUAUUCAAAGUCAGCAGGAUCUCUAGAGAGCUUGGUGGUGGGUGAAGAGCAGGGCUUGGCCCUGAAGGCACCAUGGUGGCUGAGAUGCCUUGCAUGCUUGAAGGGAAGGGCAGGCUUUGUCCAAGGCUGCUCCUGACGGCAGCAUGUCCCUUGCUCAGGGUGGGGAGAGUUGCUGGGCGAGCAGGGCAGAGGCAGGGAUGACCUUGGAGGCAUCAGCCAUUGCUUUCUCUGCUCAGGAGCUCACGUGUGCAUGGGUAAGAUCAAGUCCAGGAACAUUCCCCAUUCCUCUCUCUCUUACACCAAGCUUGAUCUAGUUGAGGGCACGUCCUGCCGGGAGACCCUGUCCUGGUGGAAGGAUGGCAUCAGAAGUAGCUGGGGCAGCCCCAGGGUCUCAGAGCCACCGAGAGUCCUGGCUGCCUGCCCUGUGUUUUGCAUGCAGGGAUGAGGCACAGCUCUGGGGUGGGAGCGCCCUACACCCAGGGGACAGUGCAUGCCUGUCCCUGGGACCCCUUUGCCGUGAUGCUCCUCUCCCAGUGGGUGCCCGUGCUCUGAGUGGGGGUUUCUCCCCAUGUGUGCAUGAACAAGUGGAUGUGGUGGGCCCCGCAUUGGGGACCGUCGUGCCAUACGGCUCCGUAUCUCUGCGAGACGGGCGGCUCCUGUCUGGCUGAUACCAACUGUUAAAUAAGAAAUAUAUUUAAAUACAUAAAUAUAUGUAUAUUAAAAAAAAUAAAAUAAAAGCAAUGGAGUAUUAAAGGUACCACAUGCAGCA